AUGGACGACUCUUCGAGAACAUCCUCACAGUCGCCGGGUUUGACCUCAUCCGGAAAACCGCAACCAUCCGGUGGACGUCAAAGAAUCAUCUCUUCAUGUCUGACUUGUCGUCGAAGGAAAGUUAGAUGUGACCAUGUACAUCCCAUAUGCGGUGCCUGCGCCCGUGGCAGUCAUGUUUGUACCUAUGCGACAGAUCAGCCCGUCGGACCGACAAGUACGACCAGUACGACAAGGGUAGCGAAACCUACCAGUUCGAGUAAUGUUGCAAAAUCAUCACGAGGCACAGAUGUCCAAGCGAGGCUAGAAAGACUGGAGGUGUUACUCCAAAAAGCUGUUGCUGGUCAGUCGGCAGCUCAACGAACUCCAGAGAAGCAUCCUUUGGUUACGGAGAAACGCGACACUGAAAUCGACUUCUCUCCUACUUCACGGAGCCAGAGCUCGCAGGGAGCUGGUAUAUCAUCGGACAACCACGACGGUACACUUCUUCUAGACGAUGGCCAAUCCCAAUUCGUUUCCUCUUUGCAUUAUGCUUUGUUGGCUGACGAGAUACAAGAUAUUAAAGCCCUUUUGGGAGACAGAAGCGUUGAAGAAGACCAUGACACACGAUCAGCAAACAAUCUGGUUCACCUGUUAUCGCUUGGACGCUCUAAGACUGGAAUUAACUUAAUGAAUUUCGUACCCUCAUCGCAGGAACAUCAAAACGCUCUUCUGGACAUUUACUUCUCAAACGUGGACCCAAUGAUGAGAAUCACUCACAAGCAAAGCUUGCUCCGAAAGUUCUCCUGGUAUAUUCAGGAAUUACAUCCGAUUGCCUUCGCCAUAUUUUACUCUGCAAUCAACUCUCUACCACCUCAAGUCUGUGAGCAAAUGUUUGGUGGAACCAAGGACGACCUGCUCACUCAGUACGAAUUGGGUGUUGAGAUCAGUCUCGCGCGGGAAAAUUAUUUGACAACAUCAAGUCUUGAAGUGUUGCAAGGUUUCAUCAUUUGGCUUACAUGCAUUACUAAGGAAGAGGAUAUGGGUAGAGCAUGGGCGCUCCUUGGUGUAGCCAUACGCAUCGCUCUUAAUCAAGGCUUACACAGGGACCCAUCGCUGUUUCCUUCCGGAUCGAUGGAUACAGUUACUGUAGAAUUACGCCGACGAAUGUGGCAUCAGAUUUGUCACUUGGAAUAUCGAGCUGCCGAAUGCAAAGGACAGGAGCCAUCUCUUAGCGACGAAGACUUCACGACAAUGUUGCCUAGGAACAUCGAGGAUGAGGAUCUUAUAGAAGGCGCGAGUCCAGGGCCAGAGUCAUAUGACCAGAAGAAAUUCACCAAUAUGGGAUUCGCUCUUAUUCGUUUCACUGGGAUGCGCUCGCUCAGACGAAUAGUCCAAAGCACAUACCGUUUAGAGCGACGAAUGUUGGAGUCGAAUAUGUAUGGAGCAUCCGGUCCUGAUCCAGUUCAAGAAUUAUUGAAAAUCUACGAGCAGAUCAAGGUCAUGGUAGACGAUAUGCAUGAAGAGAACCACCGAAGAUUGCUUCAGUAUGCCAGCCCAGAGGUUCCCUUCCAGCGGCUAUGUAUGGGUCUAGCUUCCCUUCUAGAAUGGAGAUGCUAUCUGCUAUUUUGGCUUCGAAUGCCCCGGGCGUAUCGGGAUGUCGUCUUCUCAGAUGAAAUCCGCAAAUCCAUAUUCGAAAAGUCCGUCAACUGCGUUGAGACUUUGAACGGUGCAAGUGUGGACGCGGAUGCCGCACGAUUCCACUGGCACAUCGGUGGCCACGCUGCAUUUCAAGCCAUUAUGCACGUUCUUUCUGAACUGCGGAAUCCCAUGUUCGAUUCUCCUGAUCGCCAAAGGGCACUGCAGUCACUCGAAAUGUCGCGUCUUUUGAAAGAGAAUAAUACCACGAAAGCUUGGUCAGUUGUCAAAGGCAUGAUUGACAAGGUCCUAGGGGAGCAAUACAACAGACCACAGCAACCCAUUCCACCUCCAAUGCCAUACGCGGUGAAUAAGACCGUUGAGGCACAACGACCACCAUUGAUCGAUCGGAUACCACCCUACGCCUAUUCACCGACCACCAAAGACGUCGUGGAUACCGAUGCACAGGCGAUGCUUCAACAGCAGGCUGCGCCGCCGUUACAGAAUGAUAUGCUCAAUCCAACGUUUAACUGGGAUGACAUAAACAUCGGAAACAUAGUUGGUGAUGUACAACAAGACCAGGCAAUGCCAAUGCCCGAGUUUGACUGGGGUUUCUGGGGCGAUCCUAUCAACUUUAACGAUUCAACUGCUAUUACCUACCCUGCCGACACGAAGAUAGCAUACGCGCCCUUCUGA